AUGGGUCUGGAAUUUAGGACAUUUGGUGUGGGACGACGUCGAUCGGCGAGGAGGAAGUCCGGCUGUCGCGAAAGAGGAAUCGUAGGUUCCGAGCCGACGACAACGGCGCCAACGACGCUCAACCGCUUCUCUGACGGUUUUCUUUUUUGAGCUUAACAAGUCACGCGAUUUCGUUUUUUGACUUUUUUUUUGGCUCAAAACUUUGCCAUCUUUAUUAUAUAAGCACUGGAAUCUUUUUGUUGCUUUUUUUUAGGCAAAUCUAAAAAACGUCAUUUUCACAUAACUUUUUUUCACCCCUCUUUUUUCGUACCAAUGAUUGUAAGUCAUAUUAUGAAAGGAACGCGAUCCACUCCUUUCAUGUAGUCUGGUUAAAAUGUAUUCGAAGAAUAGAGUGCGAACGAAUGUUUUUGAAUUUCUACAGUAAUCCUUUUCUUUAAAUCAGCCCGAGAAAAAUUGGAGUAGUAUACAAUUUUUCAUUGAAAAAUGAAUUUCAAAAAACAAAGAUGAAAACUUGUGAUAAACUACGUUUUUUGGUUAGAAAAAACAGCAUUUUUUGUUAAACACCAUAUUCACAAUGAGCGCGUUUUGCAAAUUCCUUCGUCGCCUUCUCAGCUAACUUUGAAAAAUAAGAGUUUCUUUUUUUGAAUUUAAUAACUAAUCAGAUCUGGAGAUCACACUUGUUCUCCGCGGAUCAGCUGUUUGAAAAUUGCAGAAAAUCCUCAAGUCAGUUUCGUUUUUCAGGCCAGACGAGGCGCAAGUUUCAAACAAUAUUCUGGGGAGUCUCGAGUUUCUUCCCGUGAAAUCUUCUUCACGCGACCCACUGAACGACUUUCUGCUGGAAAACUCAACGUGAGUUAUACAUUUUGUUUUUUUUUUUCAAAUUUGUCAUGCUCCUCCAAUCCCUUCAAAAAAAGGUUCAAGCAAAAAAAUUUUUGAAUGUAAAGGCCGAAUAAAUGAUCGAAAAAAAGUCUUUUUGUUUUUUUACUAAAAAAAGUUCUUCCCGUCUAUUUUUUUCCAGUUUUUCUUCUCUGAGUAAAACUUCUCUAUCAAUAAAUAAACUAGUUUAUAUUUGAAUACGUUAAAAACUUUUUGAAUUCAUUUUUUUGGUAGAUGAAUAGUGUAUAGUGAUAAGAAAAAAGGGCAGAAGUCGAAAGGACUUUUUCUGAACUCGAAUUGGACUCGUGUAAAAACUGGACUAACGAUGCCGACAUGCAUGGCUCGCUUUUUCAUUGGCGCUCGCCCAAAAAUUAAAAGGACACCACUCGACGUCGUCGACUAUAUAAAUCCGUGGAAAAACGCUGCUGUUCCUCCCAUUCUCAUCCAAUUAUCUGCGGAAAAAUGCUGAUGCGAGCGGCUCCAUUCGAGACGCCGUUUAUUGCCUUCAUUUGGCGUUGUUUGGAUUUUCUUAGCCCAUUUCGGACACUCUUGAGUUUUCUCUCUCCCUUCAAUGUCCUUCCAAUCAUUCAUCAAUAUUUGUCCCUAAUGAUCCUCAGAAAAACUGGAAGUCGUGAGCUCUUUUCUCUUCAUUAGGGAAUUUUUUCUAGUUGGUAAACUCUGUUCAUCAAUAUAAUUAUGCCCAUCAAGUUAAUUUCGUUUCACAGAAAAUAAGGGAACUUGAUGCUUUUUGAGCUCUUUCAUAGCUACAGUAAUCAACAAUGUCUGGGCUCACGGAAGACAUCGGAAGUCCUCAGUUUCAUUAAGCCGACGUAACGCCUGCCCUUUUCUCAUUUGUCUGGCAUCCGUUAUUUUUUCAUCUACUCAUUAAUCUUCAACGCUCGUCCUCAGUUUCCCAUUUCAUUGUUCUGAACGGUAUUCCCUUUUUGUCGAAUUCUGAAAUCUAAAAAGCUGAAAAUCUAGAGCAAAAAUGGAAUGAUUCUCCAGUAUCAACGAAACUUCAAGCGAAUUUGAGACUAAUAACUUGAUAGAUUUAACAAGAAUUGAGAUAUUUGCCGGUUCAUGGUAACACUUCUGCGUGGAGGCAUCAGAUUUCUUCCAAUUCAUUCUCAGAUCUGAAGUUUUAAACCGCGAAAAAAUGAAGUACAAACUACUCAACUUUGACUAGAUAGUCUUAAUCGAAAGACAGGACGUUGGGUAUUAGAUGACUCUGGAAAAUGGGAGAUUUCCGUGUCGGCUCACCUUUCUUCAGUCCACUGGUUGUUGGUAGAAAUUAGGCGUUCCUCCCACACUAACGGCCCUCGAUCAAAUUUCGCUGGUGCCCAGCAGAACCUUGUUAUUAGCCUGAACAACUCGGGAAAAGCACCGCUUCUUCUUCAAAUUUCGUUUAGUCUCAUUUAUAUUGCAUCCUGUGAACUCUGAAGAUUAGAGUCCUCAUAGUUCAUAGGAUGCAACAUAGAACAUUUUUUGAUGAUUUCUGUAAUCUGAUCAGAAGAUAAUAAAAAAAAACGCUUGAACUCUAGAAAUUUUUUAUCAACCGUCUGAGCGUGAAAAUUCGCUUGUUUUGUUAUGAUUUUUUUUUUUGAAAGUAUUUAUAAGUCAGUAGAUCUAGUUAUUGAUCUUCAAAAAAAAAUUAUUUAAAUUAGGUUUUCAGUGUGUUUUUUUUUUCAAGGUUGAUGUUUGUGUUCUGUUUUGCUUUGUUUGUUGCUGCUCUUUUUUUCAGUAAGUAUCGGGUAAUCCAGGUCAAUAUAAUUUUUCCGUUUUUUGUACUUUUCCAGUAGGCGUCUGGAUCGCAUUACCUGUCCAAAAAUAACAAAAAGGGCGUUUUUCAAACGACAGACACGUCAUUUUGCACUGGUUGUUAGGAAAAAUGAACAUCCUGAAUAGUUGUUUUUUCCGUAAUUUAGGUCAUUAUUUUCAAAAAAUACGUUUUUGAUCUAGUGGGUUCGUCUAGUUUUUUUUUUCAGAAGGUUUUGAGCACUAGUUUCAAAUUUCACAUUUUAAAGUUUGAUUUUAAUAUUUUUCGCUAUUUUUCUUAAAUUUUUACUUUAUAUAGAAGCUUAUAUAAAACAGUGAAGGUGGUACGUGGAAAAGAAAAACGAAUUCGCCGCCAUGAAGGAAAUGAUUUCACUGGAAGCGAUGAUGAAUUUUGUGUUCACAGGAAAUUAUAAGAAUAUAACUUUUGCAAGUUCCUCUAAACUGGCGCUGAUACUAAUCAUUCUUCACAUCAGCAAUUGCUCCCUUGUUCCUCUACAAGUACGCAACACAACCGGAAGACAUGUGCCUUUAAACUCCAAGCGUAUCUUCUUUCACUGGAAUUUUCUUACGUACCAUUUUCACGAAGAAUUUCUCGCUUUCCAAACAAAACAAAAGAUUCAUCCUUCUGACUUUUGUUCAUCUUCUUGCAACUCAGGCAACCUGCAAUUAUGCAGCUAGACACUUCGUUCAAUUUACUGAGAAGAACUAGAAUGAGAAAAUGAGGUUCCAUUAUUUCUUUUACUACGCUAUUUAGAAGUGUAAGCUUCAUGUUCUCUUCCAAUCCAACUAGAGUUCACUAUACACAUAAUACUGUAGAUUUUCUAAAUCCUACUUAUCAAACGUUUCUUUUUUUGACUGAAUGAAGUAUAUUUCUAUAAUUUGAAUAUUAACUUUUUUUCAAAGGAGAAAUGAUUCGGAAAAACCAGCCGUUUUCCAUUUUCACAUAACAAAUCUCUCUGUUAAAAACAAACAAUACGAAAAAACAGACGGGAACGAUGUCUUUGAGCUGCUAUUCUCUCCGAAAUUGUUUUCUAGGUGCUCAGAGACUCUAAUCUUUUUUUCUAAUCUUUCAUCAUUUUAUACUUUUUUCUGUUUCUCGUUCCUCGAAAAACUUAGGAGAAAAAAGAUCAAACCCAUAUCUAUAAAUUCUCGAUUUUUCUUCUACAUGAAGCUGUUUUGAGAGAACGUCCAUGUCUUUACACAAUGGAAGCCUAUGAAUAUAUGAAUAGCGAUUAAGUUCCCGAUAGUAAGGCAUAAUUGCGUAUAAAAUACCUCCUCGCCCCCAAUUACAACUUUCAGUUGACGCUUUGCAGCGCUUCCUUUCAAUAUUCAUGAGUUUGGAUAGUUGGGCAUAAAAUUAUGUUUCUGCGCUUUUUGAACAAUUACAAAACGUACUAAAACAACUGCAGAGCUGAAAUUUGAACGAAAACCGUUUUUAUUAUUUUUUGAUUGUUUUUCUACUUGCCGAAGGGACUUCAAUAUGGGAAACGAAAAAAGUUUUUUUUUACGAAAAGCAGAAAACAAAACAAGGAAAAUUAGAGUCUUGAUAUUGAGUUACAUGAAGUGUUCAAUUUUUGAUUGAGUUUUCUAUUAUUACUCAAUCCGGACUUCCUCGAUGAAAAGACAUCAACAUGAUUUGAUGAUUUCAUUGUGAUACUGAGUCCCCGCCUCCAGCGGCAGAGCCCAAUUGUGGCCGUCUCUUUUGGCCUAGGAUUCAUUUCUCAAAGGUCUUUUGCAAAGAUUCGUUUACAAAUUAUCUAAACAAUACUUUUCUGUUUAUAUUGAGCUUUGGACGAAGCUCAAUCUGUCCUUUUGGUCUUUCAUCUUGCUAUUCCUUCAACUUUUCUGUUUGGAUUUUUUAUGUCUCUCCCUAACUAGAUUCUCGAUCUUCCAAACAAAUUGUCAGACUUUUGCACAACCCUUUUCCAUAACACAACAAAAAAGCUCAUUAUUUAAUGUUUUUGGUUGGAGUUAUGUGUUAAAGGAGACUCGGCGGUUUCUUAUAAGGAGUUAUACUCGAGCACACUUCAGUUGAUUGAGCAAACAAUGCAAUACGAACCUACUGAAACAUGAGGAAAAAGAAGCUAAAAAUAUUGUGGAACACGCGCAGUUUGUAGAAGAUGGUUUUUAGAAGACGUUACUUGUGAUACUUUGAUUAAUAUGUUUUAUUUGGUUUUUUUUUGCAGUAUCGUUGACUGAACUUUUCUUAGAAAAUAAGGGCUGAAAGCUGAAAGCAAAAGUCCGGAGUGAGGCGAAGGAUUAGGGCGUUUACUCAAAAACAACCCAAAGGACAAAUGUAAGUUGUUCUUGGUGGAAAAGCUUCUCGCGCGAAAGUAACGGUCGCACAGCGAUUUUUAUUUUCUUGAAAAUAGUCUUAUGUACUUCUGAAAAUGGAAUUUUUCGCGUUACUUGUUACUGCGUUUUGUGUUGCGCUUUAUUUUGGAUAACAUUUUCAAAGCUUUUUCUAAAAAUAUUUUUAUGAGAAUCAAAGGUAUUCAAUUUGAGCAGUAUUUAAGCCAAAAAAAUAAGGUUCAUUUGUUUAGCUUAAAUUUUCUAGAAUUCCUUAUAUUACCUCAUAUCGCAUAAAAAUCCAAGUUUUUUUUCAAAAAAAUACUUUUCUCCUUUUUUUAAAGAGAUUUCCUUCUUUGCUGGAGUAAUUGCAAAAAGAUUUAAAUAGAAUAUCCGUUUUUUUAAUUGACAAGAUCAGGAGAAGAGUAUAAAAAAAAGAGCUUCAAUGAAAAGCUCUGAGUAGACUCACUGCUCCUUACGAUGUUUAGAAGGUUUUUAAAACAUUUUGAAAGUCGCCAUUUUAUAUUUAAACUUCACUUUUCUUUUUGAUCAAGCAAGUAUUGGCUUCCUGAACUUCUCUAAUGCUGGCCAGUAGCACUCUAUGGGCUGAAACGUCAUCAUUUUGCAGAACGGAUGUUCUGCGGGUGCUCUGCCGAUCACACGUUGUUUUUCAACGUUUCGGGUGAUCCCGUGGACCUAAACGGGUACUCGGCGCGUGAAUUAGGAGUUUGCGUAGAUCCGCUGGCCUUAAACGGGAUCUUUUAAACGAGCGAUAAAAAAUCGCGUUUCGGGUGCUCGGCUGGGGUUAAAUGGGGGAUCGGGGUAAAAGCCGCGGGUGCUACUGGCCAAAAUAAGAGUCCUACAGUAACCGGGAACCAUUUUUUGCGUCAGUGGAGGUUGUUUUCGAGAUCUCCGAAUGUGCACUUUGUCCUUCUUCUCGUGACAUGUGUUCUGUCCUCUUUUUUUAAAUUUGAGUUUUUAAAUUGCGACAAAUUCGAAAAGGUUCAAGGUGCAAUGUAAAAGUGUUAUCCCUUUUCCGUGUAGUUUGACGCAUACGACAAGAGGCAUGAAAAUGACAUCAAGACUUGUCCACAUAAUUACCAUAUUCGAUGUAAGCCCUCUUGAUUCCACUCCUCCCACUCCGAGGAAGAACCUCCUCCUCGGAAAAAAUCAUAUCGAAGACCUGAGACUUGUUCCGACACAAGGUGGCACAUUUGCUCGUGCCUUGAGAAACCUUUUUCCUUGUUAAACACUUUUUUCGCAUCUUCUCAUGAGCGUUUCCUCACCUCAUAUUUUCCCGUUGUAUUCGAACCAACAUAUUGAUUGAGACGGUGGUUCUAGACACUCUUGGAACCUUUUUUCUCAGGCUCGUCCAGAAUCUUCGAAAACAAGAAUUUUUACGCGAAUUCGUAUCACGUCAUUUUUAGUGCAGUAGUUAUUAUUUACUUGGUUUUUAUUGAGAAAUUCCUUAAUGAGAAAUCGGUAUAAAGCAAAAGAACUUUUGAUUUUAGAAAUUUAACUCGAGGAACGCGCUUUUUUCUCAUUUUCCUUCAAUAUUGAUUUAUUACUCUUUUUCUAUUUUUUUCUUCUUUUCGGAAAAUGUAGAGGAUUUGACUAAAAAUUUGGUUUCCCUAGAAAUCAUUAUCAUGAGGGAUAGAGAUUCUUGAUCUUAUCAGAGCGAAAACAUGAGAUCCCUUUUGAUGUGUUGUGUGGAGGUGUGAAAAGACGUCUGAGCUGCUGCCACCUCCUCCCGCUCCCGAUCGACCGCCCUCACAUCGUUUGAUAGAUCACUCGUGUUCAGUCUCAAGUUGCAGAACUCCUCGGCGGGUCUUCCGUUCGUCUUUUCCGAGUUUUCUCAGCUUCCGACCAUGGGAAACGGCAUGAACAAGUACUCUCGCUGCGACGACUACUACAAGCGCCGCAGAAAACCUGAUGGUUCCUUUUUUAUCUUUUUUUUUUUUCAGAAAUCCAAAGUAGCUAGUUUAUUAGUAAGAAAGUUUUCACACUGAAGGCUUCACAGCUGCGUGAGGUGUGGAAAUGUGUCACAUGUCAUUGCGAAGAAGUUUUCGAUCUUGAUGGUUUUCAGAACGAGGCUCAAACUUCUCAAAGGAGUAUAGCGAGUACUGGCGUAACGACAAGAAGAAAAGCGUCGACAACAAUUUUGAGAGAAAUGAAUUCUCCUUUUCGCCAAAUUCAGACUGUAUGUUUUUUUUGCAGUUCAAACUAACACCUUCAAUCUCGAUCUUGGAAAUUAUUUUAAAGUUUGGCCAUGGCUUGAAUCAAAACGACCUAAAACUAUUUAUUGAUAUAAGCAUAAUUUUUUUAAGUUCCUUAAUCGUAGUAAAUUUCAAACCAGCGGUGACUGAUUGUAAAUCGAGGUUUUUUUUGCUGUUUUUUCUCUGAUAUUUACAUUUUUUGAACUGCAGACGAAUCUCCGUUACGCAACAGCCGCAAGCAUUCUUCUUUUGUUUCUUCUUUCGACAAUUCUCGGAACUUCAACCAGCCACCCAAGGUUAAAUAG